ACGGUAUUAUGACAAAUGGCAAUGUGCCAAACGAGGCCACUAACCGCAGGUGGGAAGAGAACGUUCUUCGUCGUUAAUACCGUUGCGCUAGCCAAACAACAGGCGGAAUUCCUUAGCCGAAGUCUUACCUACGAUACUUCGAUUUAUACAAGCGAUCGAAAUGUUGACACGUGGAAGCAAGAUAAAUGGCUUGAAGAGUUCGCGAAAUAUCAGGUUGUGGUUUGCACGUGUCAGAUUUUGCUGGAUGUACUAAAGCAUGGUUACCUUUCGGUAAAACACAUAAAUGUACUCAUAUUCGACGAAUGUCACCACGGUGUUGGAGACCACCCAAUGCAUGGAAUAAUGGAACAGUUCCUGCGAGUGCCGAAAUCGGAACAUCCACGUGUGAUUGGUCUGUCGGGGAUGUUAUUGUACAAACAGAUAAAAAAUGUUGACCUAGUAUCGCCGGAAUUGGAGCGAUUAGAAAAUACAUUUAACGCAACAAUAGCUACAGUCGGAAGCUAUGAUGCAUACACUGAGGUCUGCCGAUUUUCUACGGACCCGAAAGAGUUAUUGAUCAGCUAUAGUCCAUUGGCGGAAUCUUCCGUUACAAUUGACAUAAUGAAGAGUGUAUCCGCUUUUGUUUCAAACAUCGAAGGUUUUCAUCUACCAAAAUACCUAAACCAAAACAAGGCACUUCAAAGAGACAGCCCUAAGCCGGUGAAGGCGAUUAGAAAGAUGUUUACGGACAUUUUAUAUCAGCUUCGUGAUGUGGGCCUAUUUGGGUGUUCAAUUGCUAUCCUCGGUGCAAUUGUGCAAUUCGAGUUAGACAAACGUCAAUCCGAUAGUUCGAUGCUGAGGUUGGCUUUACGAUCGUGCAUUACAUUUUGUGAAAGUCUUAGGCAUCAAAUAGAAACAUUGAUGGAUGGAAUGACCAUUAAGGAAAAGCUAACCAGGUUCAGCUCUGAAAAAAUUCGCCAACUAAUAAAACAGUUGGAAACAUGUUAUCAAAAAAACCAUGACAAAACUUCAAAAACAUUAAUUUUUGUUCAGCGCAGAUUUUCUGCGAAAGUGCUGUACCACUUGCUGAAAAUUUACUUCUCCCAGACGGAAGACGCCAAUCUAAUCAUCCCAGAUUUUAUGGUGGGUAACAAUGGAUCGAUGCCGGAGUCCAUUGAGCAAAUUCUAAGCGCAAAAAAGGAUCGCAGGGUUAUUGAAAAGUUUAAGAAAAAUGAAACUAAUGUCAUUGUGACAACAAAUGUCCUAGAGGAGGGCAUAGAUUUGCAGAUGUGCAAUACGGUCAUUAAGUAUGACCAUCCUGAAACCUUUGCUUCUUAUCAGCAGUCCAAGGGUAGGGCACGCAUGAAGGACAGUAUGUAUUUCGUUAUGCUUGAUCACACAAAACGAGAAGAAUUUCUUGUAAAAUAUCGCCUCUAUAAGGCUAUAGAAGAGGAAUUAAAAAAGUGUCUUGUUGGUAAAACCAUUAACCGCCCAGACCCGUUAGAUGCCGAUGUACACAAGGAAUUGUACAAUGAACUCAUUCCACCGUUUUACACUACCAAAGGAGCAAAGUUGGAUGCGCUGUCGGCGAUUCAGCUUUUGAAUCGGUACUGCAUGGGUAUGCCGCGAGAUGCGUUUACUAAUACAAACGUAUUAUGGGAGAGACACGAUCGAUAUGGUAAAGUAGUGGUUGAAGUGAUCAUGCCCCUGCAAUCUACGGUGCGUGAAAAAUCAUUAAACCCAAUGACGAAUAUCAAGCUGGCUAAACGAUCAGCAGCGUUCAAUGCCUAAAGAUUGUAUGAGAAUAAGGAGCUCAAUGAGCACCUCAUUCCAAUAGAUAGCAAGCGUCAGCUUGAUGAUUUGCAAGAUGUGUACUUCAAGCAUUGGAAGGAUUUCGAAGAAGAUUCGACCAAGAUUGCUGGCACGCAUAAGCGUCUUAGAACACACAUAAUUGAGUAUCCUCCACAAACAACUCAUUGCCUCCCGCAACCUGAUCAACCUUGCUACAUCUAUAUUUUGCGUAUUGGUGCUGGGUUUGCCGAGGAUCCGGACAACGAAAAUGUCAACAUUUUCCGAUCUUUAUACAAUUCGGAAAAUAAUUUUGGUAUAAUGACCACCAAGCCUCUUCCGGCCCUCGCCAAGAUGAAGUUUUUUGUAACUUUGGGCCUCAUCGACGUACAGCUUGUUGAAACUCCAAUUAUGCUGACCAGCGCUGGGUCCGAAGUGGAAUUGGCUCUGUUGAAACAGUUCCAUAUAACAAUCUUCCGAGACAUUCUAAAACUGUGGAAGGAGUUCUUAGUGUAUGAUUUUUCAAACCAAGAUAACAGUUUCAUGGUUGUGCCUAUGAAACAAUCGCAGCAAAUAGAUUGGACGUUGGUGCGAGAAUUCCAAAAUCUGAACGAAGCCCCAUCCGAGGUACCGACGAUGGCUCGGAACAAGAUGAAAUUUGAUGCGGAAAAUUACAGACACAAAGUAAUCUGUCCGUGGUACAAAAACAAUAAGGAACAACCUUAUGUGGUGACCAUGGUGCAUGAGCACCUGACGCCAGACAGUCCCUUCCCGAAUGCAGAUUACAGGUCUUAUGCAGAUUACUUCAGCCAAGCGUACCAUUUGGCAGUUGUUAAACCGGAUCAAUUUCUAAUCGAAGUCAAAGGAAUCACAAGCUAUCUUAACCGCCUCAAUCCGGGAGUAGAGGACGACGGCAAGAGCACACGGAGCAAACAUUGGCGGUUCAACGAGAUCCUCAUUCCGGAGCUCGUUCACAACUAUCAUUUCCCCGCUGACUAUUGGUUGAAGGCUACGCUUCUGCCCAGUGCACUGCACCGUAUUAAUUAUCUACUGCUAGCGGAAAACAUUCGUGUUGAUUUGGCAACGGGUGCCAAUGUAGGAUGUCUGGAGAACCGAAAGAUUGAGGAUGUGGAGGUUGAGUAUAAGGAACGGAAGGGAAAACAACUGGAAGAGGAGGUUCAAUUCCUAGACCUAGAAGACGACGAAGACGAGGACGAUGAGUUCGACCUGGAAGAAGCGCGCCAGUCUCUGUUGGCACCGGAGGACUUGAGUCAGCUGGCACGCAACCAAAUGAAUUCAUUCAGCGGCGAUAUCCCAAUGCCAUGGCAGGAAGACGAGGAGCCUGUGGACAUCGAGCGCAACUGGGAUCAAGUCAAAAAAAUGGACUUGGACUAUUAUAAAGCAUUCGUUAACAAAUUUUCAGACCUGUCCAUUCGGGAAAUGACCGCAGAACGGAUGAGCACAGCGUACACAUCCGCUUUGCAUAGGAGAGUAACUAGUAGUCCGAAAAGACAACCCAUGGCAAUUUUGGACGUUCCUAUUGAGCAGAAAUUCGCAAUCAAAUUACUAAGCCUAACACCGACAAACACAUACAAUUUGAACGUCCAGCAAAAAGACAUCAUUAAGGCCUUGACUACAAAAUCGUCCUCAGAUGUGUUUUGAUUUGGAACGUUUUGAACUGUUGGGCGAUGCGUUUUGAAAUUUUCCGUUUCAUUGUAUUUGGUGAAAUACCAUAAAGAUUUUCACGAAGGCUUUCUGACAGCGGUCAAGGGUCAAAUAGUAAGCAACCGUAAUUUGGUGUACUGUGCUAUUAAGUAUGGGCUACCUGGUAUGAUGAAGAUUCAUAAGUUGGACCCUAAAAAUGACUGGAAACCGCCUCUUGCAACGGUUCCACACAAAAUAAAAGAAACUAUGCAAGAGGUGAAUCACUCCGCUAGAGUGCUGUUCCGGAUGUCAUUAACGGAAGACGAAAUAAAGUCUGGGUCUGUUGAUCCCAACAAUCUUGACGAUUUUAUUGCCCAACUAGAUCUACAUAACAAUAAUCCUGAUACGUCCCCAAUGCAGAAUUAUCUCGGACAGCAGACAAUGGGGGACAAAACAUCUGCGGAUGCCAUGGAAGCGCUGUUGGGAGUUUGCGUUAAAUCGGUUGGAAUUCAAAGGUCUUUCAAACUGUUGCCCUACUUCGGUAUUCUACCGAAAACUCACGACGUGAUCAAGCUGCUCGAUGAGAAAAUUGAAAAUCAAAGACUGAAAACGCAAAUCGACUCUCGUGAAGUGGAUGGUUUUCUGAAGAACCACGAAAGGAUUGAGAAAAUACUUGGAUACCGUUUCAAGGAUCGAACCUAUCUUCUACAGGCGCUCACUCACGCCUCAUUUCCUACUAAUCGGAUAACCGGGAGUUAUCAGCAGCUGGAGUUUCUGGGUGACGCGGUGCUAGAUUUUCUUAUCUCAAUGUACAUUUUUGAGCAGAAUCCAACCAUGAGCCCGGGCCAGCUGACAGAUUUGCGCUCAGCAUUAGUGAAUAACAUCACACUAGCAUGUCUGCUUGUUCGCCACGGACUGCAUCUGUAUAUUCUUUCCGAGUCCGCAUCGUUCAGCGACACCGUGAACAAGUUUGGUUUUCAAGAGCAACAGAAACACGAGAUAACCGAUCAGGUAAACUUGCUCGUCGAAGAGAGUGACCGAAAGAUGGCUGAAUUUGUGGACGUACCGAAGGCGCUGGGUGACGUGUUCGAGAGUUUGGUGGCGGCGAUUUUCUUGGACUCCGGAAAUGAUUUUGCCGUAACCUGGCGAGUCAUAUAUGGUUUGUUGGGAAACGAAAUCUUGAUGUUCACCGAGAACACACCGAUCCAAAUCGUGAGGCAACUGCACGAGUUCAAACCAGGUUGUUCGCCAUUGUUUAGUCGGGCCAUCGUGGACGAUGACACGGUAUACGUCAAGCUCAAAUAUAAAAUCAGAAACAAAGAACACGAAGCGUAUGGGUUCGGUCAGAACAAGGAAGAUGCGAAACGAGCUGCUGCAAAAGCUGCUCUACAGGUGCUGCGCAAGCACUAUCGCAACACAAAGUAGUUGCAGAUUUUUUUAAAUAAUUUUCUUCCAUUGAGAUAGCAGUACGGUUGCAUGUAAGAGCAUUAAUUGUUAAUUUAUAACAUUUGCAGAAUCCGUAUUUACAGAUAUUCGGUUAUACAAAUAAGGCAGUGAAUUUCGUCGAACUGAUUGUAAUUAAGCAUCAGUUACUUUGGUGCCUUAAAAAUGUUAGUUUACUGUUCUGUAAUAGCAAGCAGUUUUAUUUUAAUCUGGGAAGUUGUACCAUAGGUAUAGUAUUAUAAUAAACUAGCAGUAAACACA